UUUUAUAAAAAAACUUUCCGGUAGAUUGUGCAGGAAAGUGUCCACGUCAGAUUUGCAGAAUCCCUACACGUUAAAUUUUCUCCUCCGGGGGAGUGUGUGCGUGUUGCCUUCUGUUGUGUUGUGUGUGCAUAAACAAAACAAAAACAAAGAGCGUUUCAAUUGCUAUCUCCCACAAACAUCUUUAGUUAAGAUCUGCGUUAACCACUAAGAUCUCUGAAGCAGAGGGCAUUGUCUACUGUCACAGGCAUGGGUGAAGAAAAGAAAGACGAAGGAAACAAAGAAGAAGCCAAGGAGGAAAAGAAGGAAGAAGAGAAGAAGGAGGAGCCACCACCGGAGAUAGUGCUCAAAGUUGAUAUGCAUUGUGAGGCCUGUGCAAGGAAAGUUGCAAAAGCAUUGAAAGGAUUCCAAGGAGUGGAAGAGGUGAGUGCGGAUAGCAGGACAAGCAAAGUGGUAGUGAAAGGAAAGGCAGCUGACCCCAUAAAGGUGUGUGAGAGGCUACAAAAGAAAAGUGGUAAGAAAGUGGAGCUAAUUUCACCCUUGCCAAAACCUCCAGAGGAGAAAAAAGAAGAAACCAAAGAAGAACCACCCAAAGAGGAGAAAAAAGAUGAGCCUCCUCCUGUGGUAACAGUUGUCCUUAAAGUUCGAAUGCAUUGUGAACCAUGUGCUCAAGUUAUCCAGAAGCGAAUCCGCAAGAUUAAGGGAGUAGAAUCAGUGGAAACAGACUUGGCAAAUGAUCAAGUUAUAGUAAAAGGUGUUGUCGACCCUGCCAAGCUUGUUGAUCAUGUCUACAAGAGGACCAAAAAGCAAGCCUCUAUUGUGAAGGACGAAGAAAAGAAGGAAGAAGAAAAGAAAGAAGAAGAGAAAAGGGAAGAGAAAGAAGAAGAGAAAAAAGAAGGUGAAGAAGAUAACAAAACUGAAAUCAAACGAAGUGAAUACUGGCCAUCCAAGAACUACAUCGACUAUGCUUAUGACCCCGAGAUUUUCAGCGACGAGAACCCGAAUGCCUGCUCUGUUAUGUAAACCAGCAAGUAAUUCCGUAUUUCAGUUGGAACGUAGACAAUGAAGUCUGAGACAAGCACAGGCAUACAAAAGGAAAAAGGUGAAGGAGACUGGUUCGGUUCGGUUGAGGUCCUAAUCACAGAUAUUGGAGUUGUGGUACCGUGACAGAACAGAAUAAUGCCAAACGCGACAGAACAGAAUAAUGCCAAAGGCAGACUAGGUGCUAUGCACAUCUUAAUGGGCUUUACUUUGUGUUCCGACUUGAAGCAUUCUCUCACUUGAAGAUUUUCCUUUUCCAAAAGAAAUUCCCCCACAAUCCUUUUCCAAUUCCUAGUGCUCUGGGGAUGACAUAUAUUUGGGUUCAUUAGAUCUAACCAUUAACCACACAUUUUAAUGAAGCAGUUGUCUGCAUGAUA